AUGUUCUGGCUGGCUGGACAGGCAGGAUUGUUGACUCCCCUAAAUAAACUAGCUUUGGUACGAAGAACAGCAGCAGCAGCAGACCCGCCGAAUAUUACAAAAAUAGUUACCUUUAUUACGGAAGGACUUCGUCUACUUAGUCCCAACGAUUGUCAAGCUGCAGCAGCAAUUUGUAUGAAGAAGCUGACCAAGAGGGGGCCGUAUAGACCCCGCUUUGAUAUAUCUGAGGAUAUGCUUACAACGGCGGUGCAACAAGGGCUUGUCACGCGUAGCAUCAACAAUCCUUAUAGUGCAAAGAUUACAGCUAAUACUAAAGCAAAAGAAGGGGUAGAAUACUAUGAGAAUACUAGUAUUAGAGCCAUUGAGGAGCAAGAUACGCAGACUACGGUUAUUGAAAGCGAGCUGGAUGAUAUAAGCAAUGACGGCGAGGUUGAUAUUGAAACUGAAAGCUAUUCUAGUAAGCCUGUGCAAAGCACGGGCUUCUUUAUCCGAAUAAUCACGCAUGUGACCGGAAGGGCCCGAGUAAAUGCAAAGCAAUCGAAUAGUGGCGGUGAGGAUACAAGACUACUGCAUGCCAAGACUAAUUCUCGGAGUGGAGAAAAUGUAAUGACUACAUCCGUAUACGUUCAAAGUGGGUCCGGCUGGUAUUGUGCAGAGAAUCCAGUGGGUGGUUUCUUCGGAGCCCAGUCAGAUAGCCAAAGGCUUUGCCUGAAUGCCGCUAACGCGGGCUGUGCACAGCGCGUUGUGGAUCUAGUUGUGGAGACGAGUGCCAGCUCUGCGGCUGAGUUGCCCUGGACGGAGAUGCCGUGUGCAUUCGCCCUCUCCUCUAUCAAGAAAAUUGGCCAGGAGACUGGCUCCACUUUGGGGACUCGAUUAGAAUAUAAAUAUAUGAACAAGGAGUAA